UAUAAUUUCCACACCCACACACACACUAUCUUCACGGUAAAAUUAUUUUAUUCUCUCACCAAUCAAUUUCCAAAAUUAGUGCAAAAGCUCAUAUUCUAGGAUAAAUUAGUAAUAAGCUGUGAUUUAUAUAUACCUUACCACCCAAACAACCUCAAAAACAGAAAGAACUAAUCUCUCUCUCUCUCUCUCUCUCUCUCUCAUGAUCAAAAACUCCUAAAAUGUUACCCUUCUUUCUCAGCCCCGUCUCCUUAUACGCCAUCUAUGUCCGCCGUUGCUUUGCAGGCUCCGGCCUCUCCCAGCAAACCCUACAACUCGACAAUGAUCAAACCACACUCCACUUCUGGGGUCCCAACCCUAAACUUUCUAACCAAACCCAAAACCCCGAAAAACCUUCACUCGUUCUAAUCCACGGCUUUGGCCCCGCCGCCAUGUGGCAGUGGCGGAACCAAGUCCAGUUCUUCUCCCCCCACUUCAACGUCUACGUCCCCAACCUUGUCUUCUUCGGGAAUUCCACCACCGGAUCCCCAGAGCGAACCGAGGUCUUUCAGGCAUCCUCGGUCGCCAAGAUGAUGGAGAAGGUCGGCGUGGAGAGAUUUAGUGUGAUGGGGACGAGCUACGGCGGCUUUGUGGCGUACCACUUGGCGAGGAUGUGGCCGGAGAGAGUGGAGAAGGCGGUGAUUGCCAGCUCUGGGGUUAACAUGAGGAGAGGAGAUCACGAGGCGCUCUUGAAGAGGGCAAAGUUGGAAAAGAUUGAAGAUCUCAUGUUGCCUUCCACGGCGGCUCAGCUCAACAAGUUACUCACCCUCGCCAUGGCCCGGCGGCUCGACAUCAUUCCCGACUUUUUCUUAAGCGACAUAAUACAUAAAUUGUACUCUGAUAAGAGAAAAGAAAAGAUGGAGCUUCUAAAGGGACUCACUCUUGGACGAGAAGACACACCAAACAUAUCUCCUCUUCCCAACAAGGAGGUGUUGAUAGUGUGGGGAGAGAAAGACCAGAUCUUUCCUUUGGAGAUGGCUACUGAACUCAACGAGCUUCUUGGACCGAAGACGAAAUUGGAAGUGAUAAAGAACACAGCGCAUGUACCCCAAGUUGAAAAUCCCGCUCAAUUUAACAACAUUGUAAAAAGUUUCUUGUGUGACUCUUGAAUAUUUUUUUGGCCUGGAGGAUUUGAAACUGUUAUAUUAUAUUUAACCGGAGAAGUACAAUACUCCAUAUCACUUGAAAUACAAAUACAAAUAUGUUUGCCUUAACACA